AACGCAAAGUGUCCAACAAAAACUGGCCACUGACUGACUGCGAGAAGUCAGUCAACGAAAAGAAGAAGCGCAACAUCGAUUUUGCGGUGUUCUUGGAAGUUUAUUUGGUGAAUAUUCCCGAAAUCGGAUUACCACCGGUGUGAAACUGUGUUCCCCCGUAAAUUUAGAACCGGAGUGCAGCCCAAUCGGGUGGAAUUUGAAGCACAAGUGAUCGGCAUUGGAGUGGAUUACCAGCCCCCGAAGUGAUGCCGUCGAAGAAGAAAAAGUACAAUGCGCGAUUCCCGGCGGGGAGGAUCAAGAAGAUCAUGCAAACCGAUGAAGAAGUUGGCAAAGUGGCUCAAGCGGUUCCCGUUAUAAUCUCUCGCACCUUGGAGCUGUUUGUCGAAUCGUUGCUGACCAAGACACUUCGCAUCACAAAUGCUCGCAAUGCAAAAACUCUUUCGCCGUCGCACAUGAAGCAGUGCAUCAUCUCCGAGAGUCGAUUCGAUUUUCUUCGGGAUCUGGUAAAAAAUAUACCAGACAUCGGCGUCAACGAAGAGCAGCUAUCGGGAUCAGAAGCCGGAUAUGGUAACGAAGCUGGUGCUUCGCCUGCAUCCACAUCCACAUCGUCCUCUUCAAAUGGUGGUGGUGGCGCUGGACACAUGCACGUUAGUGAAACCAAUUCCGCAGCAUCCGGCUUGCUUCAGCGUUCGGAGUCCUACACACCGUCCAGCAGUACCAGCUAUGCCAGUGCUCUUCCCAUUGCUCCACAGCUUCAUAUCCCAACGCAACAGCAGCAGAGCCAAGCCCAGCCUAGCAGUCAGAAGCGACCUUUCAGUCAGGCGAAUAGUUUAAACUUCUACAAGGAAAUAUCGCUGGAUGAUUCCAGCAGCACUACCAGCAGCGGCCGAGAGCCGCCUCCGAAGCUUACGCGACUGCACUCCGCUCCAGCAGCUAGCGCAACUACAACGAAUGCGAUUCCCAUCAAGAUCGAUAUUCUACCAGCAUCCGCGCCUUUGUUGUCUUCGUCGGCCGCUACUGGUUCGAACAACAGUCAACCGGCGCAGUUGAAGUCCAACAAUGGCACAGGCGGUGCCAGUAGUAAUAGUUUCAAAAUCACAUACAAAAUUGCGCCAAGCAGCAACCCGCCUACGCCGACCGCUAUCGAGCAGCCCGUCAUCAAGCUGGACUAUUCAAACCUGAAACUUCCGCUGGCAACCGCCGACCAGUCGAAACCGGCCUCGUCAUCGGCUACGUCGUCAACGUCGAGUCAGCGUCACCUGCAGCCAACGAUCAAGAUCGAUUUGAGCAACAUCAGCAGCUUCAAGGUGUCCCCAGGCCAGGUCCAAACGGCCCCACUGGCUCUGAUAGCCGGCAGUGGCAGAAACCAGCAGCAAGUGCCUUCAACGCCUACUACUGCCAGCACUCCGUCGACUCCACUAUCGGCCAUGAGCCUUGCGUCAUCGUCGUCGAUGUCCUCUGGUUCAUCCCUGUGUGGUGGAAGCGUUGGCAGCACCAGCACCAGCGGCGGUAAAAAUCCGUACAUCUUUCAACAGCAGUCAGCAACCGCCGGUUUUGCAAGCACCAGCAGUGGAUCGGCAGCACCGCUUUAUUCCAGUGUGUCCUCAGCUAUUCCCGGAAUGGACGAAGAUUAUGAUGAUAUUUAGGGCUAAUAUUUGUGUAUAGAAACAUCUAUUCUAGUGUCUAUUAUUGUUUGUCCAUAAUGUUUCUACUGCAUUUAGGCAGGGUAAAUAACGGCUUUCGUCGGAUCUGUUCCAAAAUUGUCAGGCGUGUUUAUAUACCCUGAACAUUGGUGGUCCAUGAAUCACCCACUUUGCGCGUGCUUACAAGGAGUUUACUUUCCGAAAUCAGUAUGGCGAAAGGCAUAUAAAGUUGAAUUUCUUGAUGUUAAACACCUCUAUCAAAAAAGUAUUUGGUAAGCGUAGUAGCGGACACGUUCCUGCAUAACUGGUAGCAAAUAUUUUUUACUAUAAAGUUCCUUCUUUUGAGAAAACCUGCGUUACAUGUCUCGCCAUACAAAUUUCUGGCGGUUAACUCAUGCUGGCUAUAUGCGCAUAUUCGUUAGCGCCUGGACACUGGUAGCGGCAUGUAGGGAACCAGCCACUGCUAAUUAUCAUUAUCAGAAAUCAUAAAACUCUUGCCAAUGAUGGAGCAAAACCUUCCGAAAGCAUAAAUUUCCCUAUCAAUCAUCUUUCCUUCCUACUCUUCACUAUCAAAGUAAUUGUUAUAAUUUUUGUCUCCAUGCUAUGGCUUUAAAAUCAUGAUUCGUCUGUUUCUUAACCCAUUUUUAUCAUUUCACUACCAACUAGUCACGUCUAAAUUGGUCGGUAUUGCGUCGUGUUGGGCGCCAACAUUUUGAAAGUGCCCCUCUUUUGGUGCACUUAAAAAUAAAAGGGAACAAAAUUUUAAAAAUGGAUAUUUCCAUCCAUGUCAACAUAAAAAUAACAAGCAUUUUUUUUUGCACUGAAGGCCCAAUUUAGCAACAGCUGAAUGAAAAAUUUGGUUAAGAAACAUGAUAUGAUUUUACAUAAUUUCCAAUGGGCAAAUAAAAUAAAACAACCUUACUAAACAACUGCAUUAGGGCUCUAAAUAAACACAUAACCUGUAUAUAACGAAGAACGAAACUGCUUUUUUUCAAGAAUGAGAGCGUGAAACCCACUUCAUUGCGUGGUUAUAGCUGUUAAGUUGUUUUAGGUCGUCUAUUAGUGUUAGUCAGCAGGACAAAACCCAAACGAAGAUGUAGCAAGUGGAUUGAUUUCGAUUAAAACAAAAAUACAAACCCGUACCGGAAAUGGAAAUGUUAAGUUCAAAUGUGCACGUUUUAGUAUCAUGCAUGGAGCAAAGAAAAAUAUAAAGUUGUGUCCUUGUCAAAGGUAUCUACAACUAGUAGUGAGUGUGUGUUAUUCACGUUAGAAUAUGGUUUGCGUUUUCUCCGAAUGCACUUCGUGGAACCCAGCCUCCAUGCAUAAGAAUAGUGGAAUGGUUUUUGUACAACCGAAAACACCGAUAUUGAGGAAUAAAUUGUCUAAGAAGUUUUAGCCUAUUCAAUCUACAAACUUUAACGCGUAUCUCAAAAUAAUUUGAGAAUUUGUCCCAGUAUGUAUGAAUUUUGAUAUCAAUACAUAUACCUACUCUUUACUAAGUGAUAAAGCUUGUAGUCUGAAUAAGCUAUUAAAUGAGCAGAAA